CUCCCCACUCCUCAGGCCCCUCCUCCGCUCGCGCGCCGCUCUCGGCCCCCUCCGGAUGCUUCAAAGGCCGGAGCCCCGCAGUCGGAGCAGCCCGGCCCCUCCCGCACGCCGGCACCUAGCGCCGCCCGCUCGCUCCCCGCCAUGGCCGCCCCCGUGGGCCGCCUCUGCCACGUCUCCCUGCACGUGCCCCGCGGGCAGCCCCUGGCGCGGGACCUGCAGCGCAGCUUCGGCUUCCGGCCCGUGGCCGUGCGGGAGGCCGGCGGCUGGCGGCAGCUGGCCCUGCGCAGCGGGGACGCCGUGUUCCUGGUGAACGAGGGCGCGCCCGGCUCGGGGGACGGCCGCGAGGGGCCCCUCUACGACGUGGACCCCGCGCACGCCGUGCCCACCGCCUCCAACGUGUGCUUCGAAGUGGCGGGCGUGCGGGGGGCCGUCGGGGCGCUGCGGGCGCUGGGCUGCCAGGUGGUGGUGCAGCCCCGGGCCGUGGCCGACGCCCAGGGCUCCGUCACCUACGCCGUGGUGCGCUCGCCGGUGGGCAACCUGAGCCACACGCUGCUGGAGCGGGGCGCCUACCGGGGGCCCUUCCUGCCCGGCUUCCAGGGAUGCGGCGGCCCCGACGGCGCCGGCCCCGACGGCCCCUGGUUCAGCCACGUGGACCACAUAGCGCUGGCCUGCCCCCGGGGCAGCUCGAGCUCGUGGCGGCGCUGGUACCAGGAGUGUCUGGGCUUCCGCCGCUUCUGCCUGGACCCCGCCGAUGACCACCCCGAGCACGGCUUGGAGAUCCGGGCCGGCCGGGCCGGGGGCCUGCGGCUGACCUCCCUGCGGGCGCCCCCGGGCAGCCAGGCCCCGCUGCUGGUGCUGGGCGAGUCCCUGCCCGGCCUGCCCGGGGCCCGGGACCAGAUCGAGCUCUUCCUGGCCCAGCACGGGGCCCCGGGCCUGCAGCACGUCGGCCUCUACACGGGAGACGUCCUGGACUCGGCCCGUCGGGUGGCGGAGGCCGGCGGCCGCUUGGUGACCCCUCCCGACGCCUAUUACCAGCAGGCCGGCAAAGUGGAGCAGAUGGUGGCGGCGGGCCAGGACGUGGCGAAGCUGGCCGAGCUGGGCAUCCUGCUGGACAGGGACGGCGGCCAGGGGGACGGCGCCCGCUACCUGCUGCAGGUUUUCACCAAGCCUCUCUUUUCCGAGGAGACCUUCUUCCUGGAGCUGAUCCAGAGGCGGGGGGCCACGGGCUUUGGCCAAGGCAACAUCCGAGCCCUGUGGGAGGCCCUGGAGAAGCACCUGGCCGACUUCCAGGAGGCCCGCCAGCCCCGCUGAGGAAAGCUGGACCUCGCCGCCCCCGCUUCGCCGCGCUCUCCCCGCAGAAGCCCAAGCCCCUCCGGCCUGUGGGCGCAGCCUUGCCCCCCCCUCCCAUCCAAAGGCGCCAGCCCGGCUGCCUCUUCCCACCCGAAGGGACAGGGGCCGCGUCCGGAAUUCUGCCAGAAACGGACGCCGUCCUCAGACCUGGGGCCGAAUGCCGGUGCCGCUGCCUCUGACCUUGGACUUGGCCCUUGGCGGUUUCUCUGGGAUAAAUGCUUCCCAAGGGCCUUCCCCUUCAUAACCUUAGCCCCAGUGACCUUUGCGGGUUAGUCGCCGACUCCCUAGCCCGAGGGCCUUCACCCGGGCCGGGGCGCUGACUGGCACAGGCUGGUGCCAGGAGCCCGGCCUGAGUCUC